AUGUGCCACGCCGUCAGGCACGUAGACGUCGACUACAUUGACUUCGACGAGCUCGGCACGGUGCGCUCCUCCUUGGUCCUCGCCGCCCGCGGACAUGGCAGCCCCGCUGGCAUUGCGAGGGCCUUCCGCAGCCUGGCAGGCAACCCCCGAAUGCACAUCAGUCUGCUGCUGGAGAUCGGGUUGCAGCGCAACCUGGGGGAGCCCGUAUGCGUGCAGACCCCGAAUCACACCUGUCACAGUCUGUUCGUGACGAAGAAUAUGACGACUCAUAUGGUCUGCGCCCGCGUGGAGGUCGCGCGGGCGCCCGAGGUGCUCGCCGCGAGGCACACGAAGAGGCGGGGCUACCGCAACGCGCAGGAGCAGCGCCUGCACGUGGACUCGUCCAUCCCGGCAGCGCGCGGCGCAGGGGUCUGCGACGUGCUGCGCCCCGGGCCAUGCUCUGCGUACGCCCGGCGCGGGGCGGGGGCGUCAGCAAGCUCGCCAGCGCCGAGGACAUCCACGCCCUGCUGCGGCGGGACCGGCCCGAGCUCCUCGCCGCCCUGCGGCGGGGCUUCAGGUACGACGCCGCCAAGGUGGAGUACCACCCAGACUGGCGGCAGCCGCCGACGGGCGAGGAGGAGCGGCCCCUGGUCUUCCACGACGGCCGCGGCAGGGCCUGCGUGCAGUACGCGAAGAACAUGGAGGAGACCAUCGGGGCCGCCUACGCGGGCACCCCGCGGGAGGCGGAGGUGGCAGCCUCGCUGGAGGCGCUGGGCGAGGUCUGCAGCGACCCCGCGGUCGUGCAGCACUGGGAGCUGGGAGCUGGCGAGGCCUACCUUCUUGGGGCCGAUCGACAACUACCGCUGGCUGCAUGCGAGGACGGCCUUCGAGGACGACCCCGCCCUGCCGCGGCUGUUCUUCCGGCUCUGGCUGCAGGUGGACGACUUCGACGCCGUGCCCUGA